AUGGUUGUUGUGCAGGACGAGGACUAUACAGUUGCCAUUGAAAAGUUUGAGAAUGCAGGAUUCACCCGAAGCAUUCCAAAUCGCACCCCUCCUCCAGAGGUCAUGGAAAACCAUUCAAAUCCACAACAGAUGUUGGAGGAAAUAAAUGCUGGCUACAAACGUCUUGAUUAUUCUUGUGCAGUGUUUGAUUAUCCACAAGGUGAUCCAGCAGAAAAGGGGUUGCAGAUGUAUCUGUUUCCAAAUUCCUUUGCACACAUUCCUCUAGAAGAUAUUCUCCACUCUUCAAACAACAUAGCAUAUCCUGCAACCACAAAACAAUUUGACAUCUACAAAAAUUUAUGCUAUCCACUGGAACGGGCACUGGUUGAGAGUUUUGUUAAGGCUGUGAUUGAUGAAGAAACAGAGUCAGGUUAUUCUGCAUGGGAUAAGCAGGCAGUGGAAUGGUAUAGUAUUAACUUUGGUCGAAUCCACGAGGCCAAAUUUGGUCCUAUGGAUCGACGCAUUUCGAAACGUCUUGGCUCAGGCAAAGAGCUACCAAUAGAUAUGAGGGGGAAUCCUAUUUAA